AUGACAGUCGACGUGCGUAGCGCCGCCGCAAGCAUUCUGUCCGCCGAGCCUACGCGUGACCCACGCUACGAUGACUUUUCCUUCACACCCUUCCUCCGAAAAAGCUUCGGAUUUGGCCUUGCGAGCGAUGUGCCUGUCUGCAAGGCAUACGGCGAGGGACAUUGCCCACUGGGCCCAGCCUGCCCAGACCGACACCCGACUCCCUCUCGCGUCACCACGUCCACGACUACCGCCUCCGGUCUGGCCCCUUCUACAACACACGGGUCCCUGGUCUGCAAACAUUUUCUCAAGGGUCUCUGCAAGAAGGGAGUGAAGUGCGAGUACUUGCAUGAGUAUAAUCUUCGCCGCAUGCCCGAAUGCCAGUCCUUUUCGCGAUCCGGCUACUGCCCCAAUGGAGAUGAUUGUCUAUACCAGCACGUUCGGGAGGAGGCUCGACUCUCACCCUGUGAACACUAUGAUCGAGGAUUCUGUGAGCUUGGACCUCUUUGCGCUAAGCGGCAUGUUCGCCGUCGUCUAUGCCUGUUCUACCUAGCCGGGUUUUGUCCCGAAGGCAAGAACUGUCCUGAUGCGCAUCCCAGGUGGACAGAAAACCUCCCUCGCCCUACAAUUCGAACAGAAAAGACGGAGGAAGAACUGGAACAUGAACGAACACUUAUCAGGGAAGAACAAGAGCGCGAGAAGGAACGAGAACGUGAAUGGCGCAGUGAACGCGGACGUGGCGGUGGAUUCAUGCGAGGGCGGUAUCGGGGGCGAGGCAGGGGCUGA